UGAAGAGAAUUGUUUGCAGUGUCCUAAUUCCUAAAGGAAAGUUGAAGUUGGAUGGAAGCAGGAGGCAGCAGCAGCAGUGGCGAAGAAGAUGGUGAUGCGGCAUGGAGAGCAGCCAUCAAUUCCAUUGCCGGAACCACCACUUACCCCAAUCCCAAUGCUCCCCAAGAACGCAAGCCCAGAGCCCCACACCUUAAGCACUACCAACUCCAGGCACAAAAGCUUCUACAUGACAUGUUGGAAGAGACUAUAGAGAUAGUGAAGGAACCUGACCCUGUUCUGAAUGAUGAAGAUCCCAAGAUCAACCAAGAAGAAGAAGGAAGAGAACCUGGCAUUCGCUUGUUCAAGCAUGUUCGCCAACCAGGAAUAGUGUUUGAUCAUUUUGAUGAACCCGAACCACCAAAGAAACGACCCAGAUUACUUCCUGGAGAUGAUAUUGAUGAGAAAUCAAAGAAGUUUAAAAGGCGGGUUAAAUCUGUUGCUGUCGAAGGGAAAGAUUUAAUUGCCGCAGCAAAUGACGCGAACAAUAAAUCGUUGGCUAAAUUUGAAGCCAAAGUCGCAGCAGCAAAAGCUAAAGCCAAGAGAGAGGAGGAAAGAGUUAACAAUUUGAAAAAGAUUAGAGGGGAGAGGUGGCUGCCUUCCAUGGCGAAUGAACUGCGUCGGUAAUGUAUCAUCGUUGAAAUGGUCUUCAGAAAAGAUCAUGUUACUUAACUUGGUGUUUCUGUUGUACAGCUUCAUGUGAAGUUGAUAACUGAGAACUAUUAAAUGCAGCUGAAUUUUCAACUUUACAAUUUAGAAUGGAGGUUUCCUACACAUUACCAAUUGAAUGAAUGUAAUAGUGUAACAGUUACCAUG